AUGGGCCCCAAUGUUGGCAACGGCAUGGGCGGCAGCAUGGAGAUGGCCAUGGCCAUGCACGGCAACGGCGCCAACCAACCCCAGGCGACCGAGUACACCCUCCAGGGCGUCAUGCGAUUCCUCCAGACCGAAUGGCACCGUCACGAGCGCGACAGGAACUCGUGGGAGAUUGAGAAGCAGGAGAUGAAGGGCAGGAUAGCCAGCCUCGAGGGACAGGCGCGGAGGGCCGACGCCACCCAAAAGGCCCUCAAGAAGUACGUGACGAUGCUCGAGCGAAAGGUCAAGGACCAGGCCGCCCAGCUCAAGGGUGCCCCGGCCGCCGCCGCCGCCGCCGCCGACGUCGCCAAGGAUGAACGUGCGGCCAAGAUUCAAGAAAAACUCCAGUCAGCAGCAUCCGCGAAGCAGACCGUGCCGGUGCCGGGCGUCGACGGCGUCGAGGUGCCCCGGUCCGAUGACGACACGCAACGAAACGAUCUCAAGUCCUUCCUCGACCAGUGCCAGGCCGAGUUCAUGUAUCUAAUGGUCACGCCCGCCAACCCGCAGCCGCCUCGAGACUCGCCGCCCUUGCCCGUGAUGGAGGAUCUGCGGGACGUCGAGCCCUACGGCCUCCACGGCGGUCACGCGGCCCCGCCGCACCUGGAUCGGCAGUAUCACCUGAACCGGCCGGUGGCGAACCACGUCCAGGACAUGAGCUCGAUGAACGUGAGGGCCCAUCAGUCCAACGCCGGACCGCCCGUCCACCCGCCACCCUCGACCUUUCUCAAGCAGACGGAGAUGCAGUCGCAGCCCAUGGCGCGGUCCGCCGCCGCCGACGCGCCGCCGCCGCCCGUCUACGCCAACUCGGACGACUGGGCGCCCGUCUCGGUGACGACGCGCGCCGUCGACGACGCCGUCCCCGAGCCGAACCAGGCGGCCGAGGCGCUCGGCGGCAUGGACGACGCCGUCGAGCUGCAGGACAAGGCGCGGCCCGACGCCGACCCGUCGGUCGCGUCCAGCUCGCCCUUUCACCACACGCUCGUGCACGUCAUCACGAGGUCGGACGGGUCGGCGGCGAGCCCGACGUGCAUCGCGCCCCUCGGGAGCUCGGGCGAGACCUUUGUCGUCUCGUACGCCGACGCGGCCGUCGUCGUCUACGACGCGAGGACGGGGGAGCAGGUCGGCCAGAUGGACAGCAUGGAGACGUCGGACGGGUCGAUGAAGACGGCCGUCAACGGCGUCGUGGCCACGACGACGGGCCUCGACCACGGCAGCGGCCACCACGCCCACAGCAUCGGCGGCGAGGACGAGGCCGGUGCGGGCGGGCCGACGGGGGGGCGGUCCAUGGCCGGCUCGGGCGUCGAGGGCACCAUCAUCACGGGGCACGAGGAUCGCUUCGUGCGCUUCUUUGACGCCAACAGCGGGCAAUGCACCUACAACAUGCUCGCGCACCCCGACGCCAUCUCGAGCCUGUCGCUGAGCCCCGACGGCCGGGAGCUCGUCAGCGCCGGCCACGACGCGUCGCUGCGGUUCUGGAGCCUCGAGAAGCGGACCUGCACGCAGGAGGUGUCGAGCCACCGGGUGAUGCGCGGCGAGGGCGUCUGCUCGUGCGUCUGGAGCCAGGACGGCAAGUGGGUGGUCAGCGGCGGCGGGGACGGCGUCGUCAAGGUCUUUGCCCGGUGA